AUGCAAGAUUAAUUCAAUUAUGAAGAGAAAGAAGAAAAAUCAAAAUAAAGGAUAGCAACUUGCAAUGAAGUAAAACAAAAUUUAUUACCAUUUCAAAGGCUCUAAAGUUUCUAUUUUAUGUCAAUGAUAAGAUGUAAAAAUCUAGUGAUUUGGAUUAAAAACUUGUAUAUUAAAAAUCACUUCAUCAUUGGAAUUUAAUGAAAAAAGAAGAAUAAGAAAAACAAUAACAAAAAAUAGAUAAUACAAAACAAAAAGAACAAAAUAUACUUAAAAAUUUUCUACAAGAAAAAGAAAAAAGUUCAGAAAUUGAUAUUUCAAACUUAAAUGCUCUAUAAAGUGGUUAUUAAUAAGUUUAAAAAAUAUAAAUUUAACUUUAAUAGGAUACUUAGGAGUCAAAUCAUAAAUAAAUAUAAGAAACAGAAUCUAAUCUGUAAGCUAUUUAUAAAUAUACAGAAGUAUCAAUGAAAAAAAGGAAAAUGAUAGUAAAAUUGAGGUUGUUUAAUUAAAUGAGAAGAAAAUUUAAGUUCAUCCUUAAAAAAUAGAAUCUGAUAUUAAAAUUGAAUAAAAGGCACCUUAUUUGGAACGUAGUGAUCAUGAUGAUUAUAUUAUGGCCAAGAAAAUAAAUUCUAAAUUAAAAAAUUCUAAGACAAGAUAAUCGACUUCAAAUUAAAAAAGAGUCUUAAGUUAAUCUAAAAAGAAAUAAUUCUAAAAUUUAGAACGUUCUUAAAAUACAUUUAAUUGUAAUAAUGAAAUGACAAUUGAACAUUUAAAAGAAUUAGUUGAAUAAAUGUUAAAAGAUAUAAAUUGA